UCCGAAGGUUUUCAUUUACCUUCUUCCUGUUAUUAUUGGUUAUUAUUUGUCAUAUGCAACGUGGUGACAGUAUAUUGUUUCAUCACGAACGUAUUGAACUGAAAUAUGCUUGUAGUUAUUAUCGAGGGAAACGCAAAAGUGUUUUAACUAAACCUUUAUGUUGAUAGGUGAAAAGUUAAUGAAAACGACCAAACAGCGAAAUGUAGAUCAUUCUCUGGCGCCGGUCGAGAAAACCGUAAAUGUCGGUGACAUUACUUGGCAUGUCAGUGAAAGUCAAAUAGCCUCUAGUUAUGAUUGGGUUUUCAAUGAUAACGAAAACCAGCGACGGGUUGCCUUUGUGUGGCACAACUGAUAUUAGUAGCAAGGACCAAAGUGAAGACUAUCAGUUGGCGUACAAAGAUUUGAAAUUUAUUACUAAGAAACUUUCCAAAUUCCCCGACAGAUGUUCAUGUACACCAAAUUCAUACUCCAUACAUUUCACAAGUGCUGUUGGUUUGACGUUUCUUGUGCUUUGUGAAUCUUCCUACCCAGUUGUGUUGGCCUUUUCAUUUUUGGAUGAAAUACAAAAGGAAUUCAUACAGGCAUAUGAAAGACACAAGACUGUUGAGGCAUCAUUAAGGCCAUAUGCUUACAUUAAGUUUGAUGUGAACAUAAAGAAAAUAAAGGCUCGCUAUAACAAUCCCAGGUCACUGACAACAAAGUUGGACCUGUCUGCCUUAAGCCAGGAGAUAAAACUUCGUCCACCUCAUGUCAUUCAUCCAGAUGAGUUCAAGUACGUUGGAGGGAAACAUGCUUCACUGACAUCAUUCAGAACUGCUGCUUCAUCAGGUCGGCAUUUCGUCUCACUUGACCUCUAUGGUUGGCUGUCGGUGGGGAUGAAUAUACUGUGUUCAUUUCUCAAUCUCACCCGUGGUGUCAGCAUCAUGAACGAUGGCCAUAUAGAUAGCCUAGACAGUGAAUCAUUCCAGUAUGCUGUUGCCUUUUUUCUAUGCUUCUUAUUCUUUGGUUAUCAGGUGUACUUGAUUUGCUGCCCUAUCGGUAUGAGGAAGCCUCUUGCCUGUGCCACACUCGGGAGCAUCUGUCUGUGCCAGCUGUAUCUGUGGGAACAUCGGACUAGUGUACAAAUGCUGUUUCAUGUCACUGUAGGCUGUGCAGCCACCUUUACUAUAUUCACCAGACAGAUUCAAGAGAAGUUACCUCAAUAUAAUCUAUGAUGUGGUGUGUUUCUGAUGUGAAGAUGAAUUAUUAGAUGAUGGAGACAUCAUACCCCAGUACAAGCAGUCAGGAUGUAUGUAUGUGUGAUUCUGUUUUUGGUCCAUGUUAAGGAUGUUACUGUAUAUGGUUGGAAUACAAGUGAAAUAGGUACAGAAUCCUGAUGCAGAAGCCUCAAGUGACAAAACAGAAACAGGUUCUCAGGCAAUUACUUUUGUGCCAGCACAUGACCACAUGUUUGGGCUAAAAAAGUGCUACCCUGGUAAACAAAUUUCCAUUCAAUUUCUGAACAAGCUAUCUGAUUUUAGGCUGCUGAGAAAGUUAAAUAAGAUAUCACUCUUGUAAAUGAAUUUUGCCAUGUGAUACUUUGUUCUUUUUCUAUCUUGCUCUCAUUUUCUUGCUUCCACUUAAGCGUUUCAGUACACUCAGUACUGGCUCUAUCACGUCAACAAUUGAGAAAAAUAUGGACAUACAAAAAGAUACAUCAACCUUGAAAUUUACAAAAACAUUAAAUGUUGACAAGAAAUGAAACUAAUGGAUAAUGUCAUGGUUGUAUACUGUAUAGUUUCAAAAUACACAAAACACAGUUGCUGUGCUGGGGGAACAUUAAACUAGGUUCUCAUAUGUCAUUUUCUGGUUGACGUGUCAGUUUUACAACUUUCUGUGAAUAAAUAAUGCACAGCGCGUUGAUAAAGUCA